AUGGAUGAAAUCAAUACGGAUUGGAAAUUCCACGCAGUACGCAAAAUGGAACUACUAAACGCUUCUAGUACCCAAUGGGCAAUGAAACGUCCCCCGCGUUUAACUUUUAACAUCAUCGUGGAGUCAGGACAACCAUGGCACGAACGCACGCGCACCGAAAACAAAAGCCAAAGCCCGAGCCGCGAACCCAACAACCCAGAGUCUACUACCAUGGAUGCGGAGUACUACAUUUCUCAUUCUCACCAGCAGCACAGCAGCACAGCAGCACAGCAGCACAGCAGCACAGCAGAAGUCAACCCAAGCUCGAACAGAAAACACCGAACCGGAUGCUACUGGUCAAACACAAGCACAGGCCAAGUACAUAAAGAACGUAUGCCACUGGACCAAAAAGGUAUGCAUGGAACCCAGUAG